AUGUUGUUGUUUCUCCUUCAGCUGUUGGUGCUCUCAUGUCUUGGAGCCACAGAGCCACAGGGAGAUUCAUUGCAAAGGAAAAGAGGAAGGCCAUUUCAGCACCUCUUCUACCUGGACAAAAAUCUGCAUGAAAAUCAGAGCUUCCGUGAGCUGGUAGGGCAAAACCCGGGAGGUGUUGAGGAAACCCUGGGAGAGCCAAGCUUUUUUGUAGCAAUUCCCCAGAUGGCAUCUGAAAGUGGGAAGCAAGAGGAGAAAAAAAUGUCCAGAUUCAUCCUUCCCAAUGCACAACUCCAUGCAGACCAAAACCUGAGAAUCCAGGCAGCACCCAGAGAGAGCUCUCCUGUGGAAAACUCUCCAUCCCACUAUUCAAGCAAGAGAGAAGCUGAACCUCCCUAUAGAAAAGAUGCCAAGAAAUUUUGGGACCACUUCAUGUUAAAGAAAAAUUCAGCUUCUGAAGAGGUUGUCCUGCCAAUCAAGAGCAAUGAAAUGCACCAAGAAAACUGUAGAACCCUGCCUUUUUCCCAGGGCAUUAGUCACGACAGCUGUGAGAAGGUAAUGGUACAGAAUAAUCUGUGUUUUGGAAAAUGUAGCUCCUUUCACGUUCCUGGUCCAGAAGAUCAUCUUUAUACCUUUUGUUCUCAUUGCUUGCCCAGCAAGUUCUCCAUGAAGCGCCUGGAUCUCAACUGUACCAGUUCUGUCCCAGUGGUCAAAGAAGUCAUGAUUGUAGAAGAGUGUAAAUGUGAGACCCAGAAGAUUAAAGACCCUGCGACUGGAUCUCUACUAUCAGACAUACAUGCAAAUGUACACGAGCACAAUUAA